AUGAUUACAUUAAAUUAUGAUAAUAAUAAAAAAUCAAUUACAAUUCCAACUAAAAUAUUUAUAAAUAAUGAAUGGGUAGAUAGUAUAGAUUGUAAUGAAAAUUUUAGUUUAAUUAACCCAACCAAUGAAGAAUGUUUAGGUAUAAUUGGAUUAGGUGGUAGAAAAGAUGUUGAUAGAGCAGUCGAAGCAGCAAGAUCAGCAAUUAGAGGUAAAUGGUCAACGAUGGCACCAUUGGAUAGAGGAAUACUUUUGAACAAGUUGGCAGAUAAAUUAGAAGAGAAAAGAGAACAAAUGGCAACCAUUGAAUCAAUUAAUGUUGGUAAACCAAUUGGUGAAUCAUUGGUUUACGAUUUAAAACAAUCGAUUACAUUCUUACGUUAUUUCGCAGGUUGGGCUGACAAAAUCACUGGUCGUACAAUUCCAAUCUCAAGUUCAUCAGACACAUCAACACCAACAAGACAAGUAUUAGCAUACACUAAACAAGUUCCAUUGGGUGUUUGUGCUUUAAUUUUACCUUGGAAUUUCCCACUUCAAUUAUUAAUGUUUAAACUUGCACCAGCAUUAGCAGCAGGAAAUACAGUUAUCAUUAAACCAUCAGAAUUUACACCAUUAUCAACUUUUUAUUUGGCAGAAUUAAUUAAAGAAGUUGGUUUCCCACCUGGUGUGGUAAAUGUAGUUUGUGGUCUUGGUUCUGUAGUUGGUGAUGCAAUGAGUUCUCAUAUGAAAAUUAAUAAAAUUGGUUUCACUGGUUCAACAAAAGUUGGUAAAAUGGUUCAAAACUCUGCUACCAAUAGUAACUUAAAACAUUGUUCACUCGAAUUAGGUGGUAAAAGUCCAAUCAUUAUUUUUAAUGAUGUUGAAGAUUUAGAUUUAGCUGUUAUUCAUUCUUUCCAUGGAUUAUUUUGGAAUGCAGGUCAAUGUUGUUCAGCAGCAUCUAGAAUUUAUGUUCAAUCAGGAAUUUAUGAUCAAUUUGUAGAAAAGAUUAAAAAACAAGUUGAAUCAAGAGUAUUAGGUGAUCCAUUAAGUAAAGAUACUCAUCAAGGUCCACAAGUUAAUAAAUUUCAAUUUGAAUCAAUUUUAAGAUAUAUUGAAACUGGUAAGAGAGAAGGAGCAACAUUAGUAUGUGGUGGUAAAAGAUUUGGUAAUAAAGGUUACUAUAUUGAACCAACCGUUUUUUCAAAUGUUACUGAUGUUAUGACAAUUGCAAGAGAAGAAAUUUUUGGACCUGUAAUGUCAAUCUUAAGAUUUGAAACUGUUCAAGAAGCAAUCGAUCGUGCAAAUGAUUCAGAAUUUGGUUUAGUUGGCGCUGUCUUUACAAAAGAUAUUAAUAAAUCAAUCAUUGUUUCCGAUCAAGUUCAAUCAGGUUUAGUUUGGGUAAAUAGUUUUAAUAUCAUUGAUCCAUCCAUUCCAUGGGGUGGUUUUAAAUCUUCUGGUAAAGGUAGAGAUGCUUCUGAAUAUUGUCUUUCAGUUUGGACUGAAACUAAGACUACUGUACUUGAUGUAAAACUUUAA